AUGGCCGAACGGAAGAGAAUCCACUUUACCUACCAAACCGUUGAGGGGUACUCUGAGUUUGAUCGAACAGUGCGACAAAUUAUCUCGGAGGACACUGGUCAAGAAUCUUGGAUCGCCACUAGAUCCCUUCCCCCCACCAACUACCCCCCGCCCCUGACCCCCAACAGUAUUGAUAGAAUCAAAAAUCUCAGCGAGGAUAUUGUUGUCAGUGAGAUUGCUGAUUAG